GAAUCGAAAAAAUCAAUGUCCAAACACACACCACAGGCAACUAUUCUCUCAGUCCAGUGAUACACUCCACUGCUACUCAUCGAAAUCUCUGCAAAUAAGAAGACUCUUUUAAACUCUCAUUCUGGAGGAGAGAAGCUGGCUGUUUUGCAGAUAUGGGAGCGUGUGCUGAGUGCCAACAGAAUUGUGCAUUUCUUCAUUGUCAACACUACCCGGGUCCAGCGGUCACAUCUUUCUUCAAAAUCAUGAUCUCCGAUGAGUUCAUGCACACUCUGUAUCUUCCUCCUCAAUUUGCUAAAGCCACAUCCCAUUUGGCUGAUCAAGAAAUCUACCUUGAGGACUCUGUAGGGAUCAAAUCAAAAGCUAAGGUUUCAAAGUGGGAGAAUACGCUGGCUAUUCAACAGGAAUGGCACCAAUUCUCAUUGAGCCAUAACAUUGAAAGAGGGGACUUUUUGGUCUUCCAUUACUUCACAAGGCCGGUAGACCACUUUGUUGUGCACAUAUAUGGACGGAGCGGUUGUCUCAAAAAUGACUUCGAUACUACACCUAUUGAGAGAAGUAACAAGAGGGCACGAACUGCCAAUAUGUCACUAAGACCAGAAUACGAGUCAAACAAUAGCAACAACGACAAAGCCUUCAUCCCAUGUACCCUGGGAGGUGAGACUCAGGGCAUAAAAGUAAAUGCAGCAAACAAAGAAAGUCCUGCUACUUUGGGUAACAAUGAUUACCAGCCAUUGGCAUCCAGAUGUGCUCCAAAUCCAAUCAUUGAUGAAGGUCACAAUAAAAGGAAAGAAUCGUGUCUGCGUUCUGUGGAUGAGGAAGUACGGAAUGACCCUCCCAGUAGCUUUACAAUGUCCAAAAAUGAACUCUGCUGUAAAUCUCCAUCAGAUGAAAAUUUGAAAUCACAAGAGAAUGAACUGAUGGGAGUGCAAGGUGCAAUUCCAUCAAGAUUGGAAAUGCCAACAGGUAAGCUUCUGGACAGGAACUUCAUUUUCAUAGGUGAAACAGAAUCCGUGGAAGAUGUUCAGGGUAAAGAAAAUUCUGUAAAGAACAAAGCAGUCACGGAAAGUUUUAUGCCACAUGUAAUGAAAAAGGGUCUUUGCACCAGCAGUGUUCAACACAUAUCACAAUUUGGUGGUGCAUUUGGCAAUGGUGAGAAAGGCAAUUUGAUUCAGAAAGAACCAACCGAGAUGGUAACCGAAGGUGGAAAAUUGAAAUCACAAGAGAAUGAAGGGGUGCAGCUUGGACCGAAAGGUGCACUUCCAUCAAGAUUUGAAUUGCCAACAAGCAAGCUUCGUGAAAGGAAAAUCAUUUUCUUAGAUGAGAGAGAAUCCAUGGAACAUGUUCAGGGCAAAGAUAAUUCUGUUAAGGACAAACCAAUAUCAGAAAGUCCGAUGCCACAUGUGAUUAAAAUGGGUCCUUGCACUAGCAGUAUUCAAAUGCCCAUAACACAAUUUGGCGGAGCAUUUGGAAAUGGUGAGAAAGCCAAAUUGAUUAAGAAAGAACCAGCAGAGAUGGUAACUGAAGAGGAAAAUCUAAUGAACAUGACCAACAUGGACUUUGAAUCAGUCAAAAGUGAGCCUGUUGAUGCAGCUUCUGCAGACUUGUGUUUGGUAUUGGUUGAUGGUGCUGAAUUUGUUGAACUACCAGAAAGCUGGCCUUGGAGAGAUAGGCAACAAGACAAGGGCAUCCUAUUUCUCACAGACCCAACCAAAAGAGUUUGGCCGGUUUUAUUGCAUAGGAAGCAGCAUAUUGUUGUUCUGUCUACGGGGUGGAAAGAGUUCAGUGCUGCCAAUAUGCUCAAACCGGGAGACGAAUGCGUUUUCCGUGCAUUGAAGAGGCGUGAGUAUAUUGUUGAUAUUAGGCGUAAGGGGGAAUAAUGCCCGAGACCUUGGCCUCCGGCGAAGCGUCCAAACGUUUAGAGCAUUGGGUCCUGCAGCUUCUGUUAGUUGGUCCCGCUAAAUGUAUGGUUGAGUGGGGUUU